GAAUGAUAUAGAAAGGCUCCAGUGGCACCAUUAGACAAGGCGGGGUACUUAAAAGUCGAGAGGUGGCAAGCUUCAACCAACAUUUGCAAUCAUAGACUUAUAAUUAUAACGCAAGCAUGACUGUGCAAUUUUGUUAAAUAUGCUGACUCAGCGCUCACCAUACAAAUAAGUGAGAGUAGUCAGCCAAAGGCCUGCUGGUACUUAAAACAAACUUAAGGUGAGUGGUUUAAAAGUAAGACACUUUACUAGAUGUGUUAAAAAUAAUGUUUAAAUGCUUGGUUUUAAAUUGUGAAAAAUAAAGAGGUGAUAUUUUUUGAUUUUCUUGUUACUGCUUUAAAUUAUGUGAAACAUACCAUAAUCAUUUUUUAAACCAUGGUCAUCUGGGCUUUAUUAACCAAACAACAACACGCUUUCAUGUAAAAACUUCUGCAAGUCAAAGGUGCACCUAAGGUGGGGAGGUCAUGUAAGGUCAUGAUAUAAUUUCUGCAAAACCUUGAUGGGAGGGUCCUGCAUGAUAACCUCACAGGCAUUUGCUGCACUUUCUCACUCCAGGCUUUUACUCUCUGCUGGCACAUGCAUCUUUUGGCAACCUGAUAAUUCCUACAAAAGUUUAAAUAGCUGACAUUCAAUCCAAAACACUUGAACAUAACAAGCUUGUACAUCAUCAAAACACAUGGUAACUAGAAAUAUUAUGUGUCAUAUGCUCAUCUAUGUAGGCCAUCAUCCAACACUACUACGGUUGAACUAAAACAUGAUUCUUUUUGGGCUGAUACUGAUGGGUCACAUAACAUUGAAAAAGCCUGCUGUUGUUUAGUCUUUCUUUUGUCUCUGUGUCCAUCUAAUCUCAAAAAAUCUUUUAGAUACAGUAAUAAACAAAGCAUUAAAGCAUACAUGCUAGCACCAGCUGGCUCCUCUGUUUUGAUGAUGUAGCCUAUGUUUAAAUGAAAAAAAAAAAAUUAUUUCUGUGCUACAGCAGAACCUUUUUUGUUCAACUCUUGUGCAUUUAAAGUAAUUUUUUUCUGUAUUUCUAAGGCCCAUCCAGGGGGAGGCAUUGCAAAUGGACUAAAUAUGUAGUCUAGAUGUUUCAAAUUGUUUUAUAUGAGAAAGAAAGAAAAAAUACAAAUAAAGAAAGCUUAACUCGUCUCUAGCUCAGCAGAAGUUAGGCCUUCUCUAUAAUUCUAUCAGAGGCAGCCUGGCUUUAUGCCUGCUGGCUCCUGACCAGCAGCUUAUGGACCCGCAGAUAGCAGCAGCUGAGAGACUUUAUCUGUAAAAGCCUCCUCUACACUGCAAGGAAACUUCUGACACAUCAUUACUUCUUCCUCUGUAGACGUGCACAAGGGUAAUACAUUUCUAGAAAAUAUCAAGAAAUCACAAAAGUUUGCAAAUGUGUUUUAGAUAUUAAAGCCUGGCUGUCACAAACUUUCCUCAGUCGAACAAAACAAGAGUACUUAUUAGUGGUAUGAGGAUUCGGAGAGAGAAAAUGUACUCAAUCUUUAUUCAUAUAGCAAUAAAUGCUAUCUAAAGACGCUUAACAAGAAGAGCCGUACUAGACCAUACUCUUCCACUGUAUUUACGAGACCUAACUUACAGAUGGGAUGAGAUCAAGUCCGGUCUUGAGAGAUCACUUCCACUACAAUCACAUCUGUACCUACAUGAGUGCAGCACUUUGCAGCAUCGAGCAAGUUACAGUGGAGAAGAUAACUUCCUUUCAACAGGCAGAAACCUUGAGCAGGACCAGACUAAUGUAAGACAGUCAUCUGCUGAGAGGGGAAGAGAUGGUGGAACAAGUCAAGAUACUUUACAGGAUGAGCGUGAUGAUAAUAGACUGGUCUUGGCCUGAUUUAAGGCAAACUAAAGUCAACAGGUCUAUAACGAUAGCUUAGCAUUGAUAGCAUUCACACUAAUGAAGUUUAGGUAUGGAGUUUGGAAUUAACAGUUGAAGCAGAAAAAAUUAAUAAGUUCUGUAAUUACCUUUGGCUUUAAUACAGUGGCAGAAAUGGAGACACUGAUGCUUCUAAAUUAACAUUAGCAUUAUAACAGUAAUAAUAAAAGGAGAGGCUGACACUAAUCAGUUAACAUUAGCUUCAUAAAAGUGAUGAACAUGGAAAGACUGAUGCUGAUAGUUGAAGCAGUUGGACAGCAGGUCCACGGCAACCAUCCAGAGGAGCCUAUGGCAUAAGCGAGCUCACAGACUCUCAAUAAACUGCUGUUAGAGACUUUAAUGGGACAUGAUGAUUCAAAGUUAAUGACUCACAAGCAAACAGAGGACAAAGAAGAAGGGAAGGAUUGUUAAUGAGCUAGUAGCUUUGGCCUAGACUAUUAAAAUGAUCUAAUAUCUGGUCAAUCAAAGAAAACAACAAACCAGCCGCAAUUGUUGAAGCUUGAACUCUAACAAAGGCCAGAAGGAGAGCACACAUCAAACCAAUUUUAGGACCUUUACAUUCGAUACCUGAUAGUUUUUUUUUGUUGUUGUUGUUUUCAUAUGGAUUGAAGUUCUUUUAUAAGUUUAUAAGGCACUGCUAGUCUAAGAACCGAAACAUACUUUCCGAUCCUCCAGCUUUUCUCUUUUGAUUUUCUUCAAAGUAGAACUAAAGAUGCUUCUUUCAGUCAUUACUCUCCAAGACUCUGGAAGUUUGUUUUUGUUUGUCCUCAACUAUCAUCAGUCUAUUAUUUAAAGCAACAAAAUUACAGAAACCAAAAGUCCAGUACAGGAGUUUUAAUAACUCAUAUCUAUUGCUAUAUUGCUGCUCUCAUUUAUAUCUAACUUUUCUGUAGUUUUCUAGUAAUUGACCAUAUAGGGGAGAGUGAGGAAAGAUGAGCCAUUUUUCAUGUUUCAGAUCACUACAUCAAGGCAAUCAUAGUUUUGUCUCUCACUAGUGAAUCUGCAUAUAUUUCAAGAUGUUGUGCAUCCCUGCAAACCAACAGAAUGAGUGUAAACAUAACUGUCUUGAUAAUAUAGCAUGCCAAACCACUGGCUCAACUUACCCCAGUAUGGGGUAAGUUGACCAUAGGAGUGGGGUAAGUUGCUGUAUCCCUACUACCCCCACACUCUUCACCCCAGCCCUCCCUCACCUUCUCUCUCCCUAAAUAACAGUCACUUCUUAACAUUCAUGUGUAUAUUUAUUUAUCAUUCUUUUAUAUGCUAUUCAACUGGUACAAUAAUUCUUUUUAUUAUUAUUACAUAUAACUGUUAGAAGCUGUUUUGUAAAAAGUCAUUUUAACAUGAGAAUGCCUUUAAGUGAUUCAGAACAUUCACAGCUGUAUUUUUGAAAAGAAAAGUAAAAUAUUUCAACAAUCUGAACUGAAACUCUGAUCCUCUCAACAGACUUCUUUACUUUCUCAGUUGAACCACUGGCUCGACUUACUGCUGGCCAAAUGGCUCAACUUACCCCAGAGCUACAAUUAUGAAUUUAUUAGUCGUCUAAGCUAAAAUGGUGGACUUUUAUGCUAGGUUUUGACCUCAAAGAUACCACAAUUGGUGUAUAAAACAAGUUUAAAAUGAUCUUUUUUGGUCUGAACACAAUUCUAAUAAAACUUAUGACAAACUAAAUUCACUUUCAAGAGUGAAAAAUGUUUUUUUGGAAAUAAAUGUCUAACCCCUUCACCUAUGUGCUUCUAACCUUCACAGACUCCAUGAAUUGAUGCCCAUCUCCUGAAUAUUUGGUCACAUUAUCUUUUUCUUUAGCCAUUUCCAAACAACAGGGGGGUGGCUCAACUUACCCCACUCUCCCCUACUGUAUAUUGAUGCCAUUUUUGGUGUGUUUAAUUAUCUUUAAUUUUGUUUCCUUUUUCUAUUCUAAUUGCAUAUAUUUUAUUGCUGUUAGUGUUAGUGUGCAUUAGUCUCCACUUUUCUGUUUCUUUACGCACAUAAACAAUAGUAAAGAGAUCUCAUAAAAUAGCAUUUUUAUUUUCAAGUAAGGCACACACACGUCAACCUAGAACUGAAGCACCCAAAAGGUCCACUUGGUCGGUGGUUUACCCGAGGUGGUCAGCCACACUGGUGAUAUGGUGAUAUGGCAGGGAUACCCGCUGUGACGCACGUCAGCCGCUCAUGCAGAUAGCGCAGCAGUGGUCGUGGGGACCCCACCCUUCCCUGCCAGUGGACCGAUAACAACGUGGUGUAAAUCUUUACCACUAACACCUUGUUUUCGUCAUCAAGACAUUUUUACCCCUCUUUUCUCCAAACUACCUGCGUUUUUGUGUAAACCGGCGACAAAAUGGUCGACUAACAACUUUUUUACGCACUAUCCGACGCCUUUUCUUCACCUGAACUCACCAAACAGACGUACCUCCGCAGUCUGAACGAGAUAGACUGAGAUGCUCUCAAAAAAAGAAAAAAAGCUGAUCGCAGAAAUAUGGGAAAAAGUGACUCCUGUGGCAGAAGAUAUUGGCUCAGACGCGCUUCUUAGGUAUGUUCAAGCUCCAAAAUACUCAAAAUACUUCUUAACACUUGGAAUAAACUAUUACUAAUCACGUUCAACUGUGUCUAUUAUUUAAAAAACAUGAACAAAAGCUGUAUGAGAGUUUGUCAUGUUGAAGAGUUGAAACGACUGUGACACAGCCCAUGACUAGUGGAUGUUAUUAUUUUUAUAUUUUGAUGAUGACUUGGACCUGAUUUAAAGCCAAGCUUUGUUGAAAAUGAGUUAGCAAAUCAACCCUGCAUGAGACAGGUGUGCAAAAAAGAGCUGCAAGUUAACUUCUCUUCAAAUAAUCAAAAUGAUGAUAAUAGUGAUGAUGGUGGUGCUAACUGCAAGAUGCUAAAGAUGCUGUGUUAAUGCUAACUGCUGCAGCGUUUUAAAGUAAACCUUUAUCAGGUAGAAUAACCUGCUUCAAGAGAUCUCAGAAAAACAGCCUUGUUCUCCUCUCACUGUAUAUGGAUUUAGUACAUGCAUAUUAAGAGUGCAUGCACAUGUCUACCGUUGAUAAUCACUGCAAAACAAAUGAGGCAUUACAUCAUUUCAAAACCCCAAACUCUGAAAUCCUUCCAGUGGAGCAAGCAUACUCUAAAGAGCGCUGCUGGCUCCAGAAAUCUUAUAUUUUAAUAAUUUAUGUGUUGUUAAGGGCAGGUAUCCUUGGAAACAGGACUUAGAAGAACUUUCUGCCAUCCAACACCAGCAGACACCAGCAGAUCCAGUUUGAUCAAGUCCAUUCCAGGAUUAUUCAGAUUGCCCAAAUUGUACUUGUCUGUCUCCAUGUUUGACGGAUGCAGAGUGAGGGCAUACUGCCCCCUGCUUUCUGGUUCUGUGCCCUACAAAUAAGUUUCUGACUGAGAAAAUAAUUUUGACAGCGCCCCCUAGGCUGUUCACAUGCUGAUGUGUCCUUGGGCAUGACUCUCGACCCCAUCUGACCCCGCUAGCUGCACCCAGUGGUGUGAAAAGUGCUGUUUAAGCAUAGCUGUUUACCAUCUUCAUCAGCUCACAGUCAGCUAAAAGUCUCCUCACUUCUGCUCAAUGAUCACCAAUGCUGGAAAUAACCAUUCAUGAAUGUAUGUUGGAAAUUAUCGGCCUGCGUGUCCUUUACAUUCCCAGUUUGGACAAACUAUGCUUCUGCAGGAUUGGAUCAUUUAAUGUUUUGUGCUUCAGACUACACUGGCCUCAUUCUCAGACAAAAACUUAGUGUUAUGAACUGAAAAGCCACUUGUGCACCCACAGCAUCACAAUGGUUUAUACAGCGUGUUAAACGAGCCACUCAUUUAAACUUUAUUUUCCAAUUUUUAUCUUAUGUUUCUCUGUCUGGUUUAGAAUUUUGUUGAAAAAUAACUAAUGUUUCAAGAUGAUAACAUAUUCUUUUUUAAAAUAUAUGAAUUAUCCUUUUCUUGAGCAGGAUGUUUACCACUUUCCCAGGCACCAAGACUUACUUCUCCCAUCUGGACAUCAGCCCUCGCUCACCUCACAUGCUCUCUCAUGGGAAGAAGAUUGUUCUGGCCAUUGCAGAGGGAGCCAAAGACAUCAGCCAGCUGACUGUCACCUUAGCUCCUCUGCAGACCCUACACGCCUACCUGCUUCGGAUAGACCCCAGCAACUUUAAGGUACCUUACCAAAGCAAACUGAUCUACUAAAUCACUGAUAUGUCUUUAUUUAUAAGGCGAUUCUCAAUGCUCCCGUCUUAUUUGUGUCAUCUCACAUUGGGAAUUGGGAUCUGAUGGAACUGGUUUCUCUGAAUGUUUAGAUGAAAGUGUUGGAGGGAGAUGCAUCAGACUAUAGAUGCUUUGAAUGAUGACUCUCUGCUGUAUGAUUAAAAGACACGCGGACACGUGUUUUGGAUGUCUAACUUUUUGGAACGCUGAACUGCAGAUCUUGGUCAGGGCAAUCUUACAAAAAAAGAUUUUGUGACUUUCUUGGUUAUAUAAAAUGAAAUAAAAUAAUAAACUAGUUUGAUGACUGAAUGCAGCUGUUAAUUAAUCAAUGUAACCAGCGUGGUAGAGUACACAGCUCUGUAUUUAUGUGUAUGUGACAGAUAUGACAGAUUCUUAUCUGCAUUUCUCCAUAUGUAAACAGGCUUUUUGUUGAAAUCAAGGACCAACAGGUCAAACUUAAGAUAAGUGAGAAAAAAUUUAUGAGCAACCAGCUGCAUUACAUUUAUAGGUCUGCAGACGAGACAGUUACUCUCUGAAGGUCCCCAAUAUAGACUCAAAGGUCAACAAAACAGACUGUAUGAUAGAACUGACAAAGCAUAUCCCAGUGUUUGAAUUUUGUUUUCAUGAACUCUAACUGAAACCAGUAUUCAAUCGGUAAUGAACCUUUUUUUUUCUCUCUGCAGCUCUUUUCACACUGUAUGCUCGUGGCCUUGGCCUGCCACAUGGGCGAUGACCUCACAGACGUUGCACAUGCAGCAAUAGACAAGUACCUGUCAGCCUUCUCAGCUGUGCUUGCUGAGAAAUACAGAUGAAAACCAAACAUAUAUGGAGCAAGAAUGACACCUUAUCAUAUGAUAUAUUCAUGUUUGUGUGUAUGUUUACUGUGCAAUGUUUUUUUUUUUUAGUAAUAAAACUGUGCAAAUAACACAUUUCCUUCUCCUUGUUACAGGGUUGUACAUAAACUGCUGACUGUUUCUGAGCAUGGAUUGAUAGUGAUUUUUUUUUUGUAUUAAUUCAGGUCUUAUAAGGAUGAGCCUUUAGGAACUAUCAAUAUGUUACAGCAGGCUCUCAGUAAUUGUAUGUAAAGGUUUUCUUCUUGUCAUUGUGAUGUAAGUUGUUAUCUUAAAUAGACCAAUAUCAUUACCACAAAUUAAAAACUCAACAAUGUAACUAGGCUAGUAUUUUUUUUCCAUACAUAUUGACAUGUUGAAUUAAGGAAAUGCUGUUUUGAGUCUUAUGAAUUUUUAUUUAUUAUUAUUAUUUUAUUUUAUUUUAUUUUUUCAAUUAAAACACAUCAAGGCUUAUAAUAAUGUGAAGUAAGCAUUUUCAUUUACAAAGUGACCAAACUAAGCAAAUGCCAGAAUACACAUAGUUUAUCAUAUUUUUCUUCAAGCCUCAUGAAUAAAAAUUCCAUGUACAUACAGUACAGGCCAAAAGUUUGGACACACCUUCUCAUUCAAUGCAUUUUUUUGUUUUCAUUACUAUUUAAAUUGUAGAUUCUCAGAACUAUGAAUGAACACAUGUGGAAUCAUGUGCUUAAGAAAAAAGUGUGAAAUAACUGAAAACAUGUAUUAUAUUUUAGAUUUCUUAAAGUAGCCACCCUUUGCUUUUUUGAUAGCGCUGCAAACUUUAGCUGUUCUCUCAAUGAGCUUCAUGAGGUAGUCACCUGAAAUGGUUUUUACUUCACAGGAGUGCCUGAAGUAACCCUGACAAGGUACUUCUGUCAUCAAGAGCAAAGAGUGGCUAUUUUAAAGAAACUAGAAUAUAAAACAUGUUUUCGGUUAUUUCACACUUUUUUUAUAAGUACAAAAUUCUACAUGUGUUCAUUCAUAGUUUUAAUGCCUUCAGUGACAAUCUACAAUGUAAAUAGUCAUAUAAAAAAAAAAGAAAA